AUGGGCUACUCUGUGGCUAACAUCGAACUUGAACAGGUUCAGGAUCCGCGUGAGGGCAGAGUAAACUUCUCAAAAAGACAGCCCUCGCGGCUCAUCACGGUCGAUAGUGUCCUCCAAUAUGCUUCCGAUAUUCCGUCUGCUCAACAGAGACAGCCUCCGCGACCGAGAGUUUUUCGUACAGGCUCGGGCAAUCCUGUCGAUCCGAGACUCACUGGUCGUUUGAUUAAUCCCCGAGGCCCAGCGAGAUCCACCAAAAAGUCCGAGAAGCUUGUGCUUUUGCCAGAAGCGGUUGAAGAGGAGGAUGAAAAAGGUGACUUCGGCCUUGAUUCCGAUAAAGGCCCGCCAAGGGACGACGAAGACUUCAGAAAACCCGGAAGAGAAGGCGUGAAGAGUUAUGCAGAGAGGUUACCGAAAUCCAGAAGGACGGAGAAAGAACUUCCUCGAGUGACAGCCUACUGCACUGCACAAGCAUACAAACUCCAGUCAGUGGCGACAUUUGUGCGACAACGACAUGGUGCUCGAGCCAAACUAUACGACGAUUGUUUGUAUUGUGCCUAUCAUUUGCCCCUGCUGCCUGGUAUUGAGGGUUAUCGACUACGGAGCAGUCCGCCGGUAAAGAGCGCAAAAGGUGGAACCAUACUGGACGAGGCCAUCGAGCGCAGUGAACAGAGAGACUACCGGGGCGGCUACGAUGCCGAGGAGGAGGAGCAGCACUCGGUCAGAGGGAACUAUGCUCCAGAAGAAUCCCCCUCUGAAUCGAGAGAAGAUGACUCUGAGCUCGAGAGGCCCCAGCUCAAUGGCAAUCGACGGAACAGCAAUCAGUCUCAGAGAUCAAACAGCCCUGGUCCUACGACUGUGCCCAUUGAUGCCUAUCGUUUUGCGGAAAUGUUCGUUUUGGAUUAUGGUGUGGUCGUAUUUUGGAACUUCACCGAGAGGCAGGAGAAGGAUGUCCUUGCCGAUUUCGCCUUUUCCACAAUUGCCGAUCCCAUCACCCACGUUGUUUCACCACUUCCCUUGACCACCAAUCCGUUGGACGAAGAAGAUUUUGAAACCGAAGAAUUUCAUUUCGAGUAUAACAAUGAAAUCUCUCGACCUCGUGUAUACAACGACAUGAUCACUCUCCGCAGCGGCGACCAUAUGAUCAAGCUGGCCAUCAGCCAUGCCAUUGCGCAGAGUACAAAGCUGAGCUAUUUCGAAGAAAGAAUGGCGGCUCAAAUGGAAGAGGCAAAGGAUGUGCCGGGGAGGUUAGCGAAGACGGGAGAACUCGGGCUGAAGCGAGAAGAAGUGAUCAAGCUGCUGGGCGGUCUCUUUAAAAGCCGAGUCGAGGUCAACUUAUCUUCCAAUGUUCUCGACGUUCCCAACCUGAUCUGGGAUAGUGAGCCAACGCUGCAUCCUCUCUACAGCGCGAUCCGCGAGUAUUUGGAGAUCAAGCCCCGAAUUCAAGUGCUCAACGAGCGCUGUCGCGUGUUUCUCGACCUGGCUGAGGUUCUGUCCGAUUAUAUUUCUGACGACAAGAUGUCGAGAAUCACCUGGAUCGUCAUUGUGCUCAUCUGUAUCUCCAUUCUGGUUACUUGCUCGGAAGUCUUUCUACGGUUUGGGAUGCUCAGCACGAGAGGGCCCAAGGCCGCUAAGACUCUCCCCGGCUUGUCACUUGGCAGUGAGUUGUGA